UUGAAUUCAGCACUUCUGACAAAUCCUGCUUCUCCAGAAGGGAGCUAUGGAGCUCCUAUUGGAUGGGAGCAGCUCAGGGUUUUUAUUCAGUGAAGGAUGUGAUUGUUUAAAGAGAUGCUGCAUUCCACAAGCAUUUCUGAAGACCACAACAAAGGCUGUGUCCAGUGGUGCCAUCUGUAGAGAAGAGGAAAAAAUGAAAUACCUGUUCUUAAUAUUUUUCAUGAACUUAUUGCCACAAUAUGCUGGCAAGUCUUUGAGCAGAGAUGGCAAUUACCCAAAAACAUUUGAAGACAUUAGAAAUGAGAUAGCUGGCUAUUAUGAUAUUGCUAAAGCUAUAAUUGACCUUGCUGUUUACGGAAAAGCUCAGAACAGAUCUUAUGAAAGAUUGGCUGGUUUUGUUGAUACCAUAGGACCUAGACUAAGUGGUUCAAAAAAUCUAGACGCAGCCAUCAAGUAUAUGUACAGUGCCCUGCAGAAAGACGGGCUGGAGAAUGUGCACCUGGAGCCUGUGAAAGUACCUCACUGGGAAAGAGGAGAAGAGUUUGCCAUGAUGCUGAAACCAAGGAAUCACAGCAUUGCUAUUUUGGGACUUGGGAGCAGUGUUGCAACUCCUCCGGAAGGAAUUACAGCGGAAGUCCUAGUGGUAGCCUCUUUUGAUGAACUGCACAGAAGAGCUCAAGAGGCCAAGGGGAAGAUCGUUGUCUACAACCAACCUUUCAUCAGUUAUGGUGAAACUGUGCGGUACAGAUCACUGGGAGCAGUGGAAGCUGCUAAGGUUGGAGCAGUGGCAUCCCUCAUUAGAUCCAUUGCUUCUUUUUCUAUUGAUAGCCCACAUACUGGCUGGCAGAACUACCGGUCUGGCAUACCUCAGAUUCCCACUGCUUGCAUCUCUGUGGAAGAUGCUGAAAUGAUGUCACGGAUGUCUUUCCGAGGCACUAAGAUUGUUGUGUACCUGAAGAUGGGAGCCAGGACCUACCCAGACUCUGCUUCUUUUAACACGGUGGCAGAAAUAGUUGGAAGCAAGUACCCAGAGCAGAUUGUGUUGGUCAGUGGACAUCUGGACAGCUGGGAUGUUGGGCAGGGAGCUAUGGAUGACGGCGGCGGAGCAUUUAUAUCAUGGGAAGCAUUAUCACUCAUUAAGGAUCUGGGACUUCGUCCGAAAAGAACUGUGCGCUUGGUGCUAUGGACAGGAGAAGAACAAGGAGGAAUAGGUGCUGAGCAGUACUACCAGUUGCAUAAGGAAAACAUCUCUAACUUUGAUAUCGUCAUGGAGUCUGAUGAGGGCACCUUCAAGCCAUCUGGGCUGGCUUUUACUGGUAAUGCCAAAGCUCGUGACAUCGUGAAAGAGAUCAUGGCUCUGCUACUGCCUAUCAACGUUACAGAAGUUUAUGACACUGCAGAUGGAGCAGACAUCAAUUUCUGGAUGAGGGACGGAGUGCCCGGUGCCAGCUUGCAUGAUGACCUCAGUAAAUACUUCUGGUUUCAUCAUUCUCAAGGGGACACGAUGACAGUUCAGGAUCCAAACCAGAUGAAUCUCUGUGCUGCUGUUUGGGCUGUUGUCUCCUAUAUAAUUGCUGACAUGGAAGAGAUGCUGCCAAGGUAAUAAAGAGUCAAGAGAGAAGAUUUCUGUUCAUCAGUGAAGACUGUGAGUCCCCGUGUAGACACGUGGUCUACAGCUGUGGGAAAUUCCUUUUUUCACCCUGAUUUUGCACAUGUGCAUUUGUCUGUUUUCUCCAAAGCGUAUACUCUCUUACACACUCCUGGUUCUUUUUGCUGUUUUAACGUUUUCCAUUUAUGAUUUUCACAGUUACCUGAAUACUUGUAAAAUUUCUGAUGAAAGUAUGGUAUCUCUUUGGUAUGAUGAAGUAAUCAUUUGUAUGCAAACUGAUCAUUUGCAGCAGAAAAAAUACAACAAAAUAAAUUUGUCGCAUCAGAA